AUGGCUCAGCCCUCUACUCUGGGAACCUCCUCGAUCAACCCCAGCGCGCCUGAUGCCACAGCCCCAUCGUCCAUCUUUGGAGGCGCAGUGUUGAAUACAGCAGCAGCAGCAUCACCGACAACAGCGCAGACAGCACCGACUGCACCGAGAGUGCCAGCAGCGUCUGCGUUCCUUUCCGUCGGCGCCCUUUCCUCGACGUCCGUGGCCUCCAACAGCACAUACAUCAUGCCCAACUCGCCGUUACGCAAUCGCCCCGGCGCUGAUGGCUACCGCCCCAAGGUGACGCGCACGCUGGGCCAGCGACCGGCCUGUCUGGUAAAUGCCUCGGUGACGUACUGCGGAAACAAUCAGAUCUACGCCUUUGGUGGCUUCGAUCAGUAUACCGAUGAGGUCUACAACCACGUCCUCCGCCUCGAUGUCGUCAGCCAGCAGUGGAGCCUCGUCGACAACUACGGUGACAUCCCCGGCGUGCGCAUGGGCCAUACCGCUACGCUGUACCAGGGCGAUAAGCUGCUCGUCUUUGGCGGCGAGAACGAACACCGAACCUACCUCUCCGACCUCAUCGUCUUCGACCUCAAGACAGCUCAUUGGACUCAGCCGCAAGUGUCUGGGCCUAUCCCCAAGGACCGUGCCCGCCACGCGGCCGUCCUGCACGACGACAAGCUUUUCAUUUUAGGGGGAAUCACGGGCCGCGAUAACUAUGUCCUCGACGACAUCUGCUACCUCGACCUCAAGACGUACACUUGGUCCCGUUCAUGGCGCUUUGUCAGCCGGUUCGACCACUCAGCGUACAUCUGGGACGAUCGGGUGUGGGUGUUUGGCGGCUUGAGCAAGGACAUGGACAAGGUCAGCGAUCUGUGGUGGCUCGACCUGAAGGGCUCGCCGGCCUUCCAGUCGGCACCACAGUUCGGGUCCAUGUUCGACCAGCAGAGCAUGGCCAGCCGUGGAGGCAGCAUGUCGCGGCCCGGCUACUCAGCUCAGUCGUCGACUGUGGGCGCGUCCGGCUACGCGGCCAACUCGCGCACGGCCCAAGUAAACACGCCGUCGUUCCAGCUCAAGUCGUACUCGCCCGUGGCCCCGGGGACGAUCUCGGUGCUCAAGUUCUGCUCCGGGCUCAACAUGCCGAAUCAAGGCUCCGGCAUCCACUUCCACGUCUACUCGUCCGGCGUGCUGCUGGACUUUGUCACACCGGCGGCCACGAUCACGUCACGCGAAUGCUCGAUGAACACGCUGGACCUGGCCACCAUGCGCUGGCAGCGGCUGGCCGAGGGCCGUGAGAUCUUCAAGAUGGGCUACCGAUGGCACUACUGCACCAUUAACGAGGACGGCACCAAAGCCUGGCUGCUCGGCUGUCCCAACGACCCGGGGUCAGUCGACCUGGGCACGAACGGGCUUGAAGAGUACCUGAGCGACAUCAUGGAGAUCGACCUGCGCCGCUACGGCUUCCUGGGCAAUACCGUGCCCGACGCCCGCAGCGAGCUGGUGCGACCGACGUCUCGCGUCCGUCAUAUCGAUACGCCGUCGCGCGGCCUGGGCUCGGAUCUGGCUAAGCUUUUUGAUCAGCCGCCCGAGGCUGGGAGCGGUGCUGACUUUAUUGUCACCGCCCACUCGGGCAACUGCGACGACGACGACGAUGACGUCAUGGGCUCUGCGCUCAUUCCGUCAGGCGAAGGCCCGGAUGGCACUGGUGGUGGCGGCUGCAGUGGUGGCAGCACCUGGCUGUCGCCCGACGCACCUACGUCGCCGCCGAUCCACGUGCACCGUCUCAUCUUGCAGGCCCGGUGGCCGCAUUUUGCCCGGCUCUGGUCCUCGCAAAUGGCCGAGUUCCACACCAAGCGGAUGCACAUCCCGGAGCCGUACAGCGUCGUGCGGGCAUUUCUCUACUACCUCUACACGGACCGGAUCGACCCCCCCGGCGCGACCGGAGACGGCGCGGCGACGUCGUCCGCUGGAAGUGCUGGUGUGGGAACGACCUCCGGUGGCAGCAGCAACAUGACGGCCGAUCUCUCGGAUGUGGCUGGGCUGCUGGUUAUGUCCAACAUCUACAACAUCCCGCACCUGCGACUACUGUGCGUGAACCGGCUGUGGCGCGAGCUGGACGUGGAGCACGCGUGCAUCAUCUGGCACUGCGCCAGCUUGGCGAAUGAAGAGUGGCUGCGCAAGCGGGCAGCCGGCUUCUGCCUGACGCACUGGGGCCGCAUCGUGCGAUCGUCUGGCUUUCUUCGGCUGCCGCGGGCGGCGCUAGUGGAGCUCUCGCAAGAGAUCGACACGGAGGGCCGUGUGAUUGGUGGCGACGAGCUGGACAUGUUUGGAUCUGCCAUGGACGGAAACCGUUACUCGGAUACCGGCAGUAUGGCGUCGCAGCGGAAGGAGAGCGUCAGCAGCCACCCGUCGCAGAUGGCCGAAUCAGAAGCUGAGGACGAGGACGGCAUGGAGAUGAGCUGA